CUGGGAACCUGGCACGCCUCGACCUUUUCGCCCGCCCUCUCUCCCUUCCUGCGACCGGUUUCUGGAUGCAGGGACUCGUCGCCCACUCCCUCGAACCUUGCUCUCUGACUAUCGCCGCCGGAGUUGUUACUGCUGACAAUUAGCGGCAAACUCAUAUCCCCAAUUCCGUGAAGACUAUGCUGACCUCGCGAGGUCCUCCUCUCCCAUAUACACACUCACACUCACACUCGCAGUUACGGACUCCGAACCUGAUAUCAUGAGCAUGACCAGCUUCACCCAAAGAAGCAACCUUCCCCUCCUUCCCAACCUCUCAUGAUCUUGCUAGUGAGGCGACUGCCCGCCCUUGGGUAAAGACUCAGGAAUACAAAACAUGGCAGACUCCCGGCCUGCGCCCUCGACCUCCUCUCGUCCCCAUCCCCACCAUCUUCACUUACAAGAAACGCGCGAGAAUGGAUCGGCUGAGAGACAGUCUUCCUCCUCCGAAGUCCACACCUGGGCUGACGACCGUAUCUUGUUGACACCACCCCUCCCAACUUCAGGAAUCAAUCCAUUGGACCAGGCACUCUAUAAAAACAGUAAUGAACGGGGGUUUCUAGCCAAUGCAAAUCAGCAAGCAGUCUCUCACAAUGCACAACUCAACAUCUCGCCGCCCGAUUCGCUGCGCAUUCACCAUGAUGCAGCGCAUCUCUUGAGUGGUCUUCAUAUACGAACGGAUGUGGGAGGUCCCAAACGUAGCAGCUCCACCCAGUCGAUGGAUUCGGAGUCCCGACUGCGAUCCAGUGCUUCUGCCGCAAGUAUACCGCGUCGAGUUCCUAGUAUCCGAGCUCACCUUCAUUCUUCGGCCGGCUCUGUCUCUCCUGGUACAGUCAUCUCUUCGCCCCAGAUCGCCGCGAUGCUGGACAUUACUCCUCUGCCUUCGCCAACAAUGGCGGCAUUCGAGUCGUGGAAGGCGCUUUCGCUGGCAAGGACCAGGUCCCGUGGCUCCUCUAUAUCUUCCGCCAAAGCUGAAGCAUUGCCCCCUCCCGUUUUGCCGUCACCCACAACUCCUCGUCGAAGCAAAGGUUAUCCAGGUUUGAGAUCUUCUCCUCCCUCACGUCCAGGUACAUCAGAUGGCCAGGCCCUUGCUGCCGAACACACGCGCACUAGAAGUGUCAGUGAUUAUGUGCCAGACCCUGUGGCCGUGCCAAAACCCCGAAACAUUGCCGUGUCAAGCACGGGGGCGCCCCUCGAAAUCACAGAGUCUCCGACAUCUAUGCAUCGAGAAGAAUACCUCGGUCUGCAGAGAAGAUUGAGCAAGUCCAUUGUCAGACCACUCACCCCGCCACAGCCGACAAUCAAGAUAGAAAGGAGUCAUGAAGACGAACCCGCUGCCAAACGCCCCAAACUCGAAAUCUUCAACGCGCGGAGCAUUUCCACAGGAGAGCCGAGAUCCUACGAAGCGAUCCGAAUGCUCGGCCAGGGGACUUUCAGCAAGGUCUACUUGGCCGUGCGGCAAGUCGAUAAUGAUCGCAAGGACAAUGUCGACUACCGGCAAGACAGCAUAAAUAUGGCUGGCGUCCGAGCUCGGUCAAGGCGACUGGUGGCUGUCAAAGUCGUAGAACAUGGUCCCGCCGGCGGGGCGGAUGCAGAGAGGAUCGAGGUUGGGCUCAAACGAGAGGUGGACUUGUUGAAAGCCAUCCAACACCCAUCACUAGUCCACCUGAAAGCAUUCGGCAAUGAUGACAACGCCCGUGCUCUGCUUGUCAUGAAUUACUGUCCCGGCGGAGACUUGUUCGAUGUCGCAUCCAAACACCGCGAGGUCCUGACACCAUCAUUAGUCCGAAGGAUAUUCUCCGAGCUGGUCUCGGCGGUGCGAUAUCUUCACCAAAAGUUCAUUGUUCAUCGGGACAUUAAGCUGGAAAAUGUGCUCCUUAACAUCCCGGUGCGUGUCCACCCGGAUGUGUCCAACUGGCAAACCCUCGAUCGCGCGGUGGUGACGCUGACCGACCUGGGGCUGUCACGCCGCAUUCCCGAGCCGCCGGAGAGUCCCCUUCUCACCACGCGCUGUGGAAGUGAAGAUUACGCCGCGCCGGAAAUAUUAAUGGGGCAACCCUACGACGGACGACAAACUGACGCCUGGGCACUCGGAGUGUUGCUUUACGCACUAAUGGAGGGCCGAUUGCCCUUUGAUCCUCUCCCGGGGGCGCGUGGCGACCCGGCCGUUCUUCGUGCACGGACACCACACAGGAUUGCGCGGUGUGAGUGGGCGUGGUAUAAGUAUGGCGAUGAAGACGGAGAAUGGGAUCCCGUUAAAGGUGCCGAAUUUGAAGGUGCUCAUGAGUGUGUGGAUGGUUUGCUGAAGAGGAACACGAGGCGGCGACCGUUGGCCGAGAUCCGAGAAUUGCCGUGGGUCAAGGACGGCAUCCGAGUCGACGGAGGUCUUCGAUGGGUCGAGGAGGAAUUGUAACAACACGCGGUUCAUGUUUCUGUUCGUUUCUUCUUCUGGGAUUCAGUGGUUGGCUUUUGCUCUGGAUGCGCUGGAGGCAUUAGGUGCCGUUUGAUGGACCACGGGAGCAGCAAUGUGCGAAAAGAAACAUAGAAUUUUGAAUAUGAGUUGGCUAGCGAGCCCUGUCUUAUGGUGCCGAUGCGGGUGUAUAUCAAUGUUUAUAGAUGACUGAUCAGACAGACGCAGUGGGUGUUGUUUUGAUAGCGAAUGACGAGAAUGAGUUGUCGCGAA